AUCUACAACUUACUACACCAGCAACACAUAGAGAAGACCAUGCUGUUCUAUUCGUUCUUCAAGACCCUCGUCGGUCAGUCUGUCACGGUCGAGCUCAAGAACGACUUGGCCAUCACAGGAGUCCUGGUCUCGGUAGAUCAGUUCUUGAACAUCAAACUCGAUAAUAUCAAGGUCGUGGACGAGGGACGUUACCCACAUAUGCUCGCUGUUAAGAACUGCUUUAUCCGUGGGUCGGUUGUUCGCUAUGUCCAAUUACCCGCAGCAUCAGUCGACACGGCACUGCUCCAAGACGCCGCUCGACGCGAAAGGCAACAGCCCGCUACUGGCGGUAGGAAGUAAUAUCAGACACGGACAAGAAAGAAAAGAACAAUUGGACAGAGGAAAUACAAUAAAAAAAAAGAAAAGAAAAAAGAAACACACGCACACACAGAUAUUGCGUCCCAAAUCAAUUAAUCAAUUUAAUAUAUCCUCAUCCUCAUAUUUCUCGUGAACUAUGACCAUGGUUAUCAAUAGCACACAUUUUUGGGGGUCAAUUGAAUGAAUGUUUUAAUGAAGUCGACAAUACAAACAAAAUGCUGAGGUAAAAACGAGAGAGAGAGAGGGGGGGAGAGAUGAGAAGCGCUGUUCAUAAGCCGAGCCGCGCCAAGAGAAUAUUUUACCGGUUUAUUGGGUAGCGGUGAAGGUGGUGGUGGUGGAGGUGGAGGUGGAGGUGGCGCUGCCGUCGAACUCAGAGGCAACAGCCGAGACCUUGGCCUUCAAGUUCUGGUACGAAGCAUCAAUCUCAGACUUGUGCUGGACCAGGAAGGGGCGGAGGACACGGUUGUAGA